AUGCGUUGUUCCCUUCACUCUACUUUUAUUAUCCUUCCCCUUAUAAUCUUUCUCUUCACAAUUUUCUCUACUUUUUGUUCUGCCGACCUUCAAAAUAUAACAGUUCGAGGUCAGGCAAUUUGUCGACGUCGAAGUGUUAAAGGAUUACAUAUUGAAUUACGCGAACACGAUACUUUUGAUCCAGACGAUUCUUUAUCUGCUACAACAACUGGGCCAGAUGGCACUUUUGAAGUUAGGGGUUCGGAGAAUGAGGUUGGCUCAAUCCGUCCAUACCUGCGCAUAACACACAAAUGUGACGUCUCAGAUGAUAUGAAAUGUCGACGAAUAACAGAAAUUGAUAUACCAAAAGAAAAGGUUAAUGGAAUAUAUGAAAUGAAUUUUGUCAAUUUAAAUUUGCCUGGACAUAGAGACAAGGAAACGUGUGACGAUUAAACUUAUUUUAGAAAGAUUUAUGGACUUCUCAUAUAAUUUUGUGCGUUUAUUCUGCCUUAUUUGCCAUAAUAAAAUUAACUAUACAGUCGGACCUUGUUUGUAAAUACACCCAGAAUGAGGUGUCUCUUGACUUAAGAUACGUUUUCCAAAAAUAUGACCGGUAUAUUAGGGCUGUGCGCCAAAAAUUUUUCGCAUGGCGUGCCAAACGUCGAACGUCAUUUUUUCAAAUUCUAAAAACACGCCAAACGUCAGAACGCCAAUAUGGGCCAAAAUGACGCCAAAACGAAAAUUCAUGGCGCACAGCCCAGCUAUCCUUUGGGUGGUAAUUCGAAUGACCCUAUAGUAGUUAUCCCACCCUCACCGUCGCGGCUGUCACAAAAAGGACAUUUGGUCUACAACUGUUUUGGGGUAUCUUAUUGCCAGCUGGACAACGGAAACCUACUA